CGGCCGUGGCGUCUGGGCCGCUGGAUGGAAGCGAGCUGGGUGCCGGCUGCCAUGGCUCUGGGGCUCUCCUCCAAGAAAGCUUCCUCCAGGAACAUCGCCGUGGAGAGGAAAAACCUCAUCACCGUCUGCAGGUUCUCGGUGAAGACCCUUCUGGAGAAGUACACGGCGGAUCCCAUCGACGACUCCUCCGAGGAGUUCGUGAACUUCGCCGCCAUCCUCGAGCAGAUCCUCAGCCACCGCUUCAAAGGCCCCGUCAGCUGGUUCAGCUCGGAUGGACAGCGCGGGUUUUGGGAUUACAUCCGCCUGGCCUGCAGCAAGGUCCCCAACAACUGCGUCAGCAGCAUCGAGAACAUGGAGAACAUCAGCACCUCAAGGGCCAAGGGCCGGGCCUGGAUCCGUGUGGCGCUGAUGGAGAAGCGAAUGUCCGAGUACAUCUCCACGGCCCUGCGCGACACUCGGACCACCAGGCGGUUUUACGAUGACGGGGCCAUCAUGCUGCGGGAGGAGUCCACGGUGCUCACGGGGAUGCUCAUCGGGCUCAGUGCCAUCGAUUUCAGCUUCUGCCUGAAGGGAGAGGUGAUGGACGGAAAAACGCCCGUGGUCAUCGACUACACGCCCUACCUGAAGUUCACGCAGAGCUAUGACUACCUGAGUGAGGAGGAGGAGCGGGGCAGUGUGGAGAGCAGCACAAGCGAGGACAGCUCACCUGAGCACCCCUACCUGCCCCUGGUCACCGACGAGGACAGCUGGUACAACAAGUGGCGCAAGAUGGAGCAGAAAUUCCGCAUCGUUUACGCCCAAAAGGGGUACCUGGAGGAGCUGGUGCGGCUGCGGGAGUCGCAGCUGAAGGACCUGGAGGCGGAGAACAAGCGGCUGAAGCUCCGGCUGGAGGAGGUGAUGGUGCAGAACCAGCUGGAGAAGAGGGAGCUGGAGGGCGUCAUCCUGGAGCUGCAGGAGCAGCUGACGGGGCUGAUCCCCUGCGAGAACCCACAGCUGGCCCAGCUCUCCAAGGAGAUGGUGACGCCCCUGGUCAACCAGUGGCCUUCCCUGGGGACCCUCAACGGCAACGAGAGCGGCUCGGACAGCAAACUCUACAGACGGGAAGGACCCCACGCCCUCCAUGCUGGGGCUCUGCGGCUCCCUGGCCUCCCUGCCCAGCUGCAAAUCCCUGGCCAGCCUCAAGUCCAACGAGUGCCUGGUGAGCGACAGCACGGAAGCCAGCCCGACCCGCAGCCCCAGCUGAGACCCCCGGCCCCCGCGCCGCCCCCCGCCCGGCCCAGCGCGGCGGCACAGGACUGAGCUCGGCCCCCCCUCGCCACCCCGGGACCAACGAGGGACUCGCCGGGGGACGCCGGGGAUCCCCCUCCCCAUCUCGAGACCCCAGCCCGGAGCCGGCUGGACACACGGACCUGUUGGGAUGGGGGGUGCAGGACUGGGAGCCAGGCGAGC